CUAAAAACAACACUUACAUAGAAUUGGAGGAAAAAAAAUAAAAAUUGACAAAUAAGGGUUACCAAAUGUUGAAGAAGAUGAAGAAAUUGAGGAAUUGGAGCUUGAAGGGACCGCCUGACCUAUCACCGCCGACCAUCGUCGAACGCCGGCGAGCCGUCGUUGGCCGCCGUCUGCUUUCUUCUCCGGUGGCGUCAAUUGCAGCGGCCAAAGCCGCUGCUCUCUUUCUUGUUUGGUGCGAUGCCUCUCUGUUGUUCCCCCCUCAAUCUGCUGCGAUUCCUUGCCCAAUUUAUAGACUGGAGGCCUCUUCCCGUUGUUGAUUUAAGAGAUCAAGGCACCGUUGUUGACUCGGUUUGGAGCGGAAUUGAUGGCCGAAUGUUAGAGCAUUUGAUUUGAGGAAUUGAAGUCGCCGUUCGGUUACUCAUCGAUUUUGAAUAGAUUUGAAUGAUUCACCGCUGACUCCAUCAAUUCUUUGGUGAGAGAGUGAAGUGGAAUUGGCUACAAAGCUACUUGCUUCGCUCCUCUGUGAACGUCAAUGGAUUGGGACUGGGCUGCUGUGAGAACGUACUAGGCUUUGGAAAGAUGAUUAUUGGGCUCCCAAGUUGUCCCUUUUCACUGCUAUUUGGAAUUGGGGCUGGUCAAAAAUUCCCUUUGAGACUUGGACUCAGAUUUAUCCUUUUUACUGCACCGUGCUCAAAAAAUAUCUGAUAAUUUGGGUUAGGGAAAGCAAAAUAUAUUAAAAUAAUAUGUAAAAAAAAUGAUUAAAAACAACUAUUUUUGAAUGAAAAUAAAAGGUUUGUAAAAAAUAGGAAUUAAAAUAAAACUAAGCUAAACAAAUGAAAAUUAAACAAUAAAAAUACUAAAAAUACCCAAAAAAAAAUAAAAUAUACUAACCCAAACCCGAGUUAUCAAAUACCCCCACACUUAAGACUUGAACGCCCUCGUUCAAAGGCCAAAAUAAGUAUGUUAUUUCUUUUUAUCAUCAUCAAGAAGAAACGAAGUGAACCUUAAACACCCACACUUAAGACUUUAUGCUCAUUCACAUUUUAAAAACAAAGUGAGCUAGAAAUCCUACAAGGAUGGAAAACUAAGGUGUGGAUUUUUUUGGGUUCUAAGAAAUGCUCUAAAGCUGCUACAAAAAAGUCUCCUAGCAGAAUCCUAUGGUUUAGAAUGGCUCAAUAGCAGCGGUAGCAAGGUUCAUCAAUAAGCCUAAGAAUAUAAAAAUCACUCAAUUUUCUAAAAAUAAAAGGCUCCUAAAACUGGAUUCUCUCUUUUUUCAAAUUUUAAUAUCAAGCAAUUGUUGAUUAGGCAGCAUCUAGAUAGUAUGUGGAUGGCCAGUUCUAGAAAACAAAAUUCUAUGGUAACCUAGAAGGAUUUCAAACAUUUUAAGGUCAUUUUUACCAAUAAAAGAGCAUAAGACUCAAUGCGGGUUUAAAAAGUAUACCCUUGCCAUCUUUCAGAAUAAAGCCCCAAGAAAAAUAAUGAGGUUUUUGGGUCAAUUUUUGAAAACAAUGCUCUAAAUAAGAAGAUAUGCAACUAAGAAUGAAAAACAUUUGGACCCAAAACCUUUUUUUUUUUGGAAAAAAAAAAAUUGCCCCAAAAGUUUUUUUAAGCAAUGACACAAGCAUGAGCAACUCCCCCCACACUUAAAAUGUGCAUAGUCCCCAAUGCAUCUAUAUGGUAUGCAAAUGGCAAUAUUAAGCAAGCACGGACUUAGCAAAGAGAGAAGGGAAUUGGGGAAUUCAACAAAAAAAGUAUACACAGCAUCAAUUCAUCAUUCCCCGUUCCUUAUCAUGCUUUUGUUGGACUUAAAAAUCUGCAAAAAGAAGGCUAACACCAAGUUUUUUAGCAUUGAAGAACAUAAAAAUCAGAUUUAAAGAAUGUAUAUUUUAAGCUUCAAAUUUGGUUCUGGAAACCAAUUCUUGUGCCUUUUUGCACUUUCAAAACAUAAUACUGCAUAUGAGAAGGUAAAGUCAUAUCAAGUACAUGCAAAGCAGCUCAUAUACAUCUAAUAACAUCAUAUUGCAGCUUAGAUGCAUCAACUGAUCUCAGAAUUCAGAUUGAACACCAAGAAAAGAGUGCAGAUAUUUAUAUAUUUCAGCAUGUAUAAGCUGUAAAAAGUGUAAAAUUUUCAUUUUGCACUCAAAAAAUCAGCUUACAAGUCCAAAAAUAACUUUUCAAAAUGCAAAACUUUUCAUUAGUAUCCGAAAAUCAGUUGUAAACAAUGCACAUGUCUCAGCCUUCAGCUUAAAUAUGUCCAUAUAAUAGCACUUCAAGAAACAGAAAAUUGACAGUAUACCAAUAUCCGGGCACCAAGAAUCACUGUUUCAAAAGAGAUUUGCACCCAACCGUGCAGAAUUUUACUCCAAACACUUAUGCUUCCACCUAAAACUCAACAAAUCUUGCAAAAAGCUCUCAAAGUAGAUGGUUAGAAGCAUAAAUAAGUAAAAAUAUUUAAAAUCAAGCAACAUACUUUUUUCACUUUUUUUUUGUGUUUUACAAAAAUAAAAUGAAAGAGAAAAAGGAAAAAACUAAUCCUAUAAUUACAACAAGUACUAUUACAUCAAUAUGGAAGAAAAGUUGGUUCUUAAAAGAAAUAAAAUCAAAUUAAUAACCACAAAAAAA